AUGAAUCAGAGAAGAAACGAGCCAGAGUUUGAUGAAUUCGAGAAGCUUCUUGGUGAGAUUCCAAAAGUUACUUCAGGUAACGAUUACAAUCGUUUCCCUAUAUGUUUGAGCUCAAGCAGAUCAUCACAACCCAUCAAGAAGACGGUUCAAUUCGAUGAACAAAAUCUCCCCGAUGAUCGCGCAUUUACCUCUGCAUUUGCUGAAGCAAACUCAAACUUUGGAAUUCAAGAAAAUCAACAUCUUAUGUUCAUUCCUUCUUACCAUUCCCCAAACACCUCACCUUGUGUAUAUGACAAGUUUGAUUCAAGAAAACUCGAUCCUCAAAUGUUUAGGAAGCUACAACAAGUUGGUUGCUUCCCAAAUUUCUCUCCCGGGAUCUCGCCUUCUGCUCAGCCGCAGCAUUACAUGCCAUCCUCUCAGUCUCUGUCUCACCAUCCAUCCUUGGAUCAGUGGAGGGAUAUCGAAGAAGGACAUUUUCAGAGACAGAUACUGCAAGAAGAACAGUACUUGUCUAUGAACCCUCAUUGCCUCUAUCUUUACAAUAAUACUCAGAGCGUGGACAUUGCUCCAAGGCAGGAACAUUUCGAGUAUCGCCGAGCUGAUCAAUCCAACAGAAACUUGUUUUGGAAUGGAGAAGAUGGUGGUGAGAGUGUGAGGAGUUUGGAUGGGGUAAGGAAAAUGUGCUUUCCGGAGAAGAUUUUGAUGAGAUCACAGCUCGGUUUAAACACCGCUAAAGUCAUAAAGUACGGUGUUGGAGACGAAUCACAAAAUGGAAGACUUUGGUUGCAGAAUCAACUCAAUGAAGAUCUCACAAUGAGCCUCAACAAUCUAACAUUGCAGCAGCCUCCAAAGUAUAACUCUCUUGCAGAGGUAAGAGGGAAGAUAUAUUACAUGGCAAAGGAUCAGCACGGUUGUCGCUUCUUGCAGAGAAAAUUCGCGGAGAAAGAUGGGAACGAUAUAGAGAUAAUCUUUAAUGAGAUCAUUGAUCAUAUCAGUGAGCUUAUGAUAGAUCCUUUUGGGAAUUAUUUGGUUCAAAAGCUGCUCGAAGUAUGCAACGAAGAUCAGAGAAUGCAGAUUGUUCAUUCCAUAACUAGAAAACCAGGAGUGCUUAUCAAAAUCUCCUGUGAUAUGCACGGGACUAGAGCUGUUCAAAAGAUAGUUGAAACAGCUACGAGACACGAGGAGAUCUCGAUAAUCCUUUCUGCUUUGAAGCAUGGAAUUGUGACUCUGAUCAAGAAUGUUAAUGGUAAUCACGUUGUUCAACGAUGCUUGCAGUAUUUGUUACCUCAUUGCGGAAAGUUCCUCUUCGAAGCAGCGAUUACUCAUUGUGUUGAGCUUGCAACUGAUCGACAUGGAUGUUGUGUGCUUCAAAAAUGUCUUGGCUAUUCGGAGGGCGAACAAAAGCAACGCUUAGUCUCUGAAAUUGCUUCCAAUGCUUUACUCCUCUCUCAAGACCCUUUCGGGAACUAUGUUCUUCAAUAUGUCUUUGAGCUUCAACUUCAAUGGGCAAUCAACGAAAUCCUCGAGCAAUUAGAAGGAAACUACACCGAGUUAUCGAUGCAGAAAUGUAGCAGCAAUGUAGUUGAGAAAUGUCUGAAACUAGCUGAUGACAAACACCGAGCUCGCAUCGUCAGAGAACUCAUCAACUAUGGUCGUUUUGAUCAAGUGAUGUUGGAUCCUUAUGGAAAUUAUGUCAUUCAAGCAGCUCUUAAACAAUCCAAGGGGAAUCUUCAUGGUCUUUUGGUUGAUGCCAUUAAACUUCACAUCUCAUCUCUUCGUACCAAUCCUUAUGGUAAAAAAGUCCUCUCUGCACUUAGCUUGAAGAAGUAA